AGCUUAAUAGUUAUGCAUGAAUGACCUGGCAUUAGAGUCUUCCUUGUAGAACCUUUGUUGACAAUUUCAUUUCUGAUGAAUAAACUCACCUACACCUACUUAGAUGGUCUGAGGAAUCUUAACAAGAGCAUUAACAGAGAACUGACCAGAGAUUAUGUCAAUAAAGCAAAGGGAGUUUUGUCCUUGAUCCAAAGCGGCCAGCUGGAUCCAGACAAGAAAACGAUUGAAAUGAAAAUCAACAUCCGCAUCAAAUUUGAGAAGAACCUAAUGAAGUCACUUAUUGAACUGGACAAAUAUUUUGACAGCAUUUAUAAUGAUCUGGAGCAGCAUCUCUCAAAGGGAGUGGACGAAUCAGUGCAAUUAUGUGUUGCUUCCACAAAGGCACUGAUAGCACCUAAUAAAGAUGGAAGGGGGUUCCAUAAAAUCCUUGGAGCAUUGUGCAAGAACUACGGAUGCUAUUGGUCCAAAAAUUGGGAUGUAGUUCUAGACCUGAACAAAACAUUGGCCAAACAUUUGCACAAAUGCAUUGAUGAUGAUUUCUGUCAAAUUUUUCCCGUGACUGGGAAAACAGGGAAGUCAAUGCAGGAACAGAUUGAUAAAUUCAGUAUCAUCCAGAGUGACUCUGCUUACCCCAGCUCUGACAUACUACAUUACAUUCAUAACUUCAUCAAAAUCGAGGAAACCAAACUGAAGGCAGCGCUCAACAGAGACAUUGUUGACAUGAAGAUGGACAUCUACUCAUCAAUAAAAAUAACCAUUUUGAAUCAAAUGGCUUCUUGCUAUCAGCAAGCUGCAGCUGUGACAGGAACAGGAUCCAUGAAGAUAAAGCAAGAUCUGUUAAUAUCCACAGUCGAUAAUGUAAAACAAGACAUGUUCAACAAAGCAAAAAUGGAAGUGUUACAAAGGUUUAAUAACUUAAAGCUGGACAUAAAGAGUGCUCUUGAACAUGAACUACAGGAAGCAAUAGAACGCUCACAAUCACAAACCGGCAAAAAGACACGGAUGGAUGUCUCCAGAGAGAUUGAACAGCUGGAGAGACUUCUAGACCAACUGUCUGACUGAUGCUCAACAAACAAUAAGAAGCCCAAGAGAAACAGCACAAAUCACGAAAGAAGCAUAACAAUUGUGUAACACAUUUUCAGUCAAUGUUUUCUUUAGUUUUACAACAAAUAUUUUUUAUUAAGAUG